AUGACUACUCGCGACAAGGUCUGCAUUAUCGGCUCCGGCAACUGGGGCUCGACCAUAGCCCUCCUGGCCGGCCAGAACGUGCGCAAGCACUCUGAUGCGUUCGAGGAGCGCGUUCCCGUUUGGGUCUUUGAGGAGAUGGUCAACGGCAAGAAGCUCACCGAGAUCAUCAACACCACCCACCAGAACGUCAAGUACCUCCCGGACUAUGAUUUGGGGGACAACGUCGUCGCCAUCCCGGACCUCGCGAAGGCUGUCGAGGGCGCAACGGCGCUCGUCUUCGUCAUGCCUCACCAGUUCCUCGACAAGUGCCUCGACACGAUCGAGGGGCACAUCGCCCCUGGUGCCAAGGCGAUCUCGCUGAUUAAGGGCGUAGACGUUGACGGCGCCGACAUCCACAUAUUCGCGGACGUGAUCCAGGACCGCCUGGGUAUCCGGUGCUCGGCGCUCUCUGGCGCCAACAUUGCCUCCGAGGUCGCGGCCGGCCGCUUCUCCGAGACCACGAUCGGGUAUCGCAAGGGGUUCCAGGAGGACGGAGUGCUGUGGAAGAAGCUGUUUGAGACGCCCAAGUUCAAGGUCCAGCUGAUCGAGGACGUGAGCGGCGUGUCGCUGUGCGGCGCGCUCAAGAACGUCGUGGCCGUCGCGGCGGGGCUGAGUGAUGGUCUCGGCUACGGGAACAACACCAAGUCCGCAAUCAUGCGCAUCGGCCUGAUCGAGACCAAGAACUUCUGCCAGGAGUUCUUCGACGACGUGCUUCCCGAAACGUUCCUCGAGGAGUCGGCGGGCGUCGCCGACCUCAUCACGUCGUGCCUCGGCGGGCGCAAUAGAAAGACGGCCGAGGCCUUCGUGCGCACCGGCAAGAGCUUUGACGAGCUCGAGCGCGACAUGCUCGGCGGGCAGAAGCUGCAGGGCAUCCACACGGCCAAGGACGUGCACAUCUUCCUGCAGGCGCGCAACCGCAUCGGCGCGUAUCCGCUGUUUGACAAGGUUUUCCAUAUCUGCUGGGAGGGCAUGGACGUCAACACGCUCACUGACGGCCUGUAG